AUGGCCCAACAUCUUAGUUUAUUUUGUAGAAUUGCAAUGAGUCAUAAGAUCAACCGUUUUGAUUCUGGAACUUAUUAUGCUGAGGGUGACACUUCUUCUGAUUCAAAUUCUGAUAGUGAUACUAAACCCAAGCCUAAGAAUAAACCAGAUGCUUUAGCAGAAAUCAUUGACAUUAGAAAAAAAUUAGACUCUGUUUCCGUUCUGAAUCAUUAG